GGACUUGGGUAAGAAAACAUUCCACAGCAGGUGAACCUCAGGACCAGUUCAGGAUAGCUUAUAGACUCGAAGAAGCACAUUUAGGUUCAAAAUGCCAGGCACGUACCAUGGGUUUUGGAAAAUGACCACUAAUGACAACUUCGAGGACUAUCUGAAGGCUUUAGAUGUAAAUAUCGCCGUCAGGAAAAUCGCCACCUUGGUCUUCUGUGAUAAAGACAUUAACCAGGAAGGCGAUCACUUUAUUAUCAGGACCUUCAGUGCUUUCAGAAGCUACACUAUGGAGUUUGACAUUGGCAAGGAGUUUGAAGAAGAUCUGAAAGGAAUAGAUGACAGGAAAUGUAUGACAACCGUGACCUGGAAUGGAGAUAAGCUGGAAUGUGACCAGAAAGGUGAGGUGGAGGGCAGAGGUUGGACCCACUGGAUCGAAGGAGACGAGCUUCAUGUGGAGAUGAGAGCACGAGGAGCAGUGUGCAAGCAGGUCUACAAGAGGAAAUAAACCAGGCCCAGAGUGGAACCCCCGGCUGGAGAUCAACGAGAGACCACGAUAGAGACUCUUACCUGUUCAUCCGUCCAUCAUUUCUUUAUUCUUCUCUUGUUAGACCUGUAUGAAGUGAUUAGAUCAACUUUAUCUAAAUAAAACAUUGACAAAUACACAAUUAUAUAAGAA